GCGAUGAAUGUGUUUCGGCGCAACCAUCCGAUGCGGCAUGCGUUGGUAACCCCGCAGCGCAUGAUGCGUGGAAAUGGCCUCUGUCGCAGGGUAUCGUAUGUGCUGGGCAUUGAAACGAGUUGCGACGACACGGCGGUGGCAGUCGUCGACUCGAACGGGCACAUCCUUAGCGAAGUGGUGUCGUCCCAAUGGGAAAUGAUUCAGAAAUGGAAAGGCAUCGUUCCUGCACUCGCUGCCCGAGCACACGUGGAAAACUUGCCGUUCGUGUUGGACGAAGCCAUGCGUCAAAGGUCGUUCCAAGUCUGAGACGUUCUUCCUCAUCACGACUGCAUGCCUAUCGUAGUGGUUUACCAGGGGGGUAUCGCAGUCUGUCGGCGGUGGCCGUCACCACCGGACCAGGGUUAGCCCCUUGUUUGAAUGUCGGCUUGUCCACCGCCAUUGGCCUCGCACAUGACCACAAGCUGGACAUUGUAGCGGUGAAUCACUUGGAGGCCCAUGCUUUAGUCCCACGACUGUUCCAGAAAGACUUGGGAUUUCCAUUUUUGGUGCUGCUCGUGUCCGGAGGUCACUGUACGCUCGUAGUCGCCAAGGAUGUUGGCGAUUACGAUGUGCUGGGCAACACCGUCGACGAUUCCGUCGGCGAAGCAUUCGACAAAGUGGCGCGCAUGCUAUCGUUAGCCACCGACACAACCACGUCGCAUGGCGGCAAGCUCGUUGAGGGGUACGCUGCUCGGGGCAACCCCCGGGCAUUUGCAUUCACAGAGCCCAUGAAGAAAAAGCAACGAAAGGACUGUGAUUUUUCGUAUUCGGGCUUGAAAACAGCCAUGGUUCGACACAUUGCAAGUCUGCCCCAGCCUUUGGAUAUGAAGACCAAGCAAGAUUUAGCUGCUUCGUUCCAACGGACAGCGAUUGCCCAUUUGGUGACCCGAACCCGCCUCGCGUGUGAGCUCACGCAAGCGUCUACUAUGGGCAGCAUGAAACACUUGGUAGUAUGUGGUGGCGUGGCUGCAAAUGCCAACGUGCGAAGCCAGUUACAAGAGUUGGCAACUUCGCAAGGGCUCACUGCAAUCUUUCCACCCAUUCGAUAUUGUACCGACAACGGGGUCAUGGUGGCGUGGGCAGGUAUGGAGCGCUUCCUUCGAGGGGUACGCGAUGAUCCCACCACCGUCAAGUACUCGCCUCGGUGGCCGCUCGAUCAGCUGACCCCGCCAACUAAACAAACUAUAUAGAAUGAUAUAUUUUGUAUCAUGGUCAAAAGUGAUAUAUUUUGUAUCGAUUUGUGGCACACAGUGAGUUAUGAAAAAUGAUAUAUUUUGCGGCAAACAGAGCGAUACAGUAUACCACAGUAUACCCGGCGACGUCUAGAAUUAAAAAAUGAUAUAUAUGUUGUGCGUUAUUGCUGCAACAAGCUGUGGAGGCGGCGUUGGAUGCGGGCCAGUUCGUCCAUGUCGGCCUGGAUAGUAGUUGGAGUAGUACUACUAGUAGUCCUUCUAGUAGCAGUAGUUUGAGUCCUUGGUUUGGUGCGAGAGGGGGUGACGGUAGGCUGUUGUUGAACGUUCUGGUGGGGUUUGGAAUGAUCGACGGACCGUGGCGGAUGCCCGUCUUUCCGUUCAUUUUGGACAUUGUGGUCUGUCUCAGCGGACGAAAAAGCGGCGACGAAUUCGUCCAAGUCAAUACACCCGUCGCCAUUCGCGUCAAACUGGUGCACGAGCAACGCUUCGUCCAUGGCAGUAAAGGCAAACCCGAGCUCUUUCAUGGCGACGAAGAAAUCGCGACUUGUGAGCGCUCGAUUGUGUCGACUGUCGUGUUUGUAAAACAUUUGUUCGAGGCGUGCCAUCGUCAUUGACGUCGGGCGGCUGGUGGCGGUCGUCGUUGUUGUGGCCUUCCACUGCUUGGCAAAUGCGCGGCGGUUGAAAAAACUCCACAAAAACUAAAAGUCUGCAUAUUCAGAGUAGAGAUUCCAAUGAAGAUAGAUGGAUAGGUACAAUCAAACGUCGUACUUCGCCGUAAUCG